CUUUAAAGAAAAAAGCGAACGGGAGCGUGGCCCGUGGCAACUCGGUUGGCAGACAAAGGAAGAGCUUGCAACUCCCUGUGGUUCCUGCCCCUUCUUGAAGCGUCGCACACUUUUGAUUUUUGUUUCUUUUUUGUUUGGGGUGGGAGGAUAGUGCGCUUAGGGGAUAACCGCUCACUGUAGCCUGAGCAAAUAACGAGCUUCGUGUACUGCACGCACGUCCGCGGUGCGCUUUACGCACUGAGCUCAGUAUCGAAGUUUGGUAUGUUUUUAGGUGCACGCAUGCUCUCUGUAUCGUGAAGUGCGGUUUAAGUACGUAACAAAGAAACGUAAUGCAUAAUGUCACAUUUUUGAAGGAAAAACUAACGUGCUUAGUUUUGCAAGGAGGGUAUAUUUUAAGCAUACGGGGAUUCUCAAAAUUUUUUCUUUGUUUUUUUUGUAGGGUUUGGUUGAAAUAAAAGAUGGACUGGAGCGGAAAACAUAAUGGGCCAAAUGAUACAACUAAUGAUGGAACAGUAGUACGACUUCGAGGUCUGCCCUUUGGCUGCAGCAAAGAAGAGAUUGUUCAGUUUUUCCAAGGGUUGGAAAUCGUGCCAAAUGGGAUAACAUUGACGCUGGACUACCAGGGGAGAAGCACAGGGGAGGCCUUCGUGCAGUUUGCUUCAAAGGAGAUAGCAGAAAAUGCUCUGGGGAAACACAAGGAAAGAAUAGGGCACAGAUAUAUUGAAAUCUUCAAAAGUAGUAAGAGCGAAAUCAGAGGAUUCUAUGAGCCACCAAGAAGAAUGAUGGGACAACAACGACCUGGACCAUAUGAUAGACCAUUAGGAGGAAGAGGGGGUUAUUAUGGAGCUGGGCGUGGAAGUAUGUAUGACAGAAUGCGUCGAGGAGGUGGUGGAUAUGACGGUGGAUAUGGUGGCUUUGAUGAUUAUGGUGGCUAUAAUAACUAUGGCUAUGGAAAUGAUGGUUAUGAUGACAGAAUGAGAGAUGGGAGAGGCAUGGGAGGACAUGGCUAUGGCGGAGCUGGAGAUGCAGGUUCGGGUUUCCAUGGUGGUGGUCAUUUUGUUCACAUGAGAGGACUGCCUUUUCGAGCAACAGAAAAUGAUAUUGCUAAUUUUUUCUCACCAUUGAACCCCAUAAGGGAAGCAAAUGUGGAAUUUGUAACACAUGAGGAUGCAGUAGCUGCCAUGUCCAAGGAUAAAAAUCACAUGCAGCAUCGGUAUAUUGAACUAUUCCUGAACUCAACUGCUGGAGGUGGUUCUGGAAUGGGUGGCUAUGGCAGAGAUGGAAUGGAUCAAGGUUAUGGCUCUGUUGGUAGAAUGGGAAUGGGUAGCAAUUACAGCGGAGGUUAUGGAACUCCUGAUGGCUUGGGCGGAUAUAGUCGUGGCAGUGGAAAUAGUGGAGGAUACUAUGGGCAAGGCAGUAUGGGUGGAGGAGGAUGGCGUGGAAUGUAUUGAAGGAUGGCCUUGCUUCUGCAAAAUAUCCUGGAAGAAACAGUCUCUGGUCUACUAGACUUUCUUACAAAAUUUAAUUUCUUUUGUAUUUUAAGAACUUUAUAAUGACUGAAGGAAUGUGUUUUCACAAUAUUAUUUGGUAAGCAACAGAUUGUGAUGGGAAAAUCUGUUUUCUGUAGGUUUUAUUUGUUGCAUACUCUGACUUUAAAUAAAUUUUUAUAUUCAAACCACUGAUGUUGAUACUUUUUAUACUAGUUACUCCUAAGGAUGUAUUACAUAUUCAAGAAUACAGUUGGUUUAAGAUGUUGUACUACUAUUGGUUCAAUAAAGGUGGUUGUACUGUGACUCUUAUGAACACUGAUUUAGUUCUGUGUAAUCUUGGUGUACUGAACGAGCUGAAAUUUUCACUUGUUUAAAGGAAAAAGGUAGUUAAAUAGAUUCGUUGAUUUGGUUACAACCUCUCCUCAAUCCUUUUGAUAAGUUGUAUGUAGUAAUUGCCUAACACAGCAUUAAGCUAAAGGUAUGGAGGCUAAAAGUCACAGUUUCAGUCUCCUUUUUAGUAUCGGAAUCUACUGUGAUCUUCAACUGUACAACUACAUAAAUGAGUAGUGACCAAGUUCUGCACAUCCACAGAACUGAGUGACAAUGUUCAUUUCCAUAGUUUGCAGAAUCCUAGAUACUGCAUUUCACAUUUUCACAUUCACAAGUGUGCAAAUCAGUUGCUUAUCAAACUAAAAUGCUAGCACAGCUUAUCUUUUAGUUAACAUAAAAUAGGUCAAGUACUAGUUAAUUUGAAAUGAUCUACUUACUUAAAGUAUUAAGUAAAAAGCACUGCUUUUGAGAAGAUUGGGGAAUUUCUAAGCAGGUUAGGAACCACUGUCUUUAAGCUUUUUAUUUUUUUUUCUCUGCCCAGCUGAUUUGUCUCUCUGUUCAAAACUUGACAAGCCAUUAUAUCAGUGAGCAGUUGAAAGCCAAACACCUAAAACAAAAAUGGGUGUAAGCCUGAUAUUUGUUAUAAAUAAUCACCACACAACCCAAAACACUGAUGAGGUUUUUGUGCAUUUGUGACAUGUAAGAUAUGUAAGAAACAUUGUUUGAAGACACUUAACUUAACCAUACCUGGUGUGUAAUAGAAAAAAGGUAUUUGAUAUUUAUUGAGUCAGUGUGAUCUCCCAAAUUACCUGCUUGUCCUCAAUGCCUCCUUAAAAUGUCAAAUGUGAUCUUGGGUUUUAAAGUCUGUCACCUGUUUUGCUAGUACUGUGUUAUAUAUGUAAUAAAUGUCUUAUUGUGGGA